CAGAGGCAUAAAAUAUCCAAAACCAAAACCCUAAUUCAAGCUAUAAAUCCCUUUCGUUUCCAUAAACCCUUCUUCACACUCUUCACUAUCAUAAACCCUUUCUCGCCGCUAAGACCCAUCUCACUGCAUCGAAGAUGGUUGUUCCCAGAGGUCGUGGUGGUUCCGGAGGAGGUUUCAGAGGAGGUAGAGGAGGUGACAGAGGAGGUAGAGGUGGUGGUGGUAGAGGUUUUAGUGGAGGAAGAGGAAGUGAUUUUAAGCCGCGUGGUGGUGGUAGAGGACGAGGACGUGGAAGGGGUGGUCGUGAUGGUGGCCGAGGAGGUGGAAUGAAAGGAGGAAGCAAGGUUGUUGUUGAGCCUCAUAGACAUGAUGGUAUUUUCAUUGCUAAGGGUAAAGAAGAUGCCCUUGUUACAAGGAAUCUUGUUCCUGGGGAGGCUGUUUACAAUGAGAAGAGAGUUUCUGUGCAGAAUGAGGAUGGAACUAAAGUUGAGUAUAGAAUUUGGAACCCUUUCCGUUCCAAGUUGGCAGCUGCUGUCCUUGGUGGUGUAGACAAUAUUUGGAUUAAACCCGGUGCUAAAGUCCUUUACCUAGGAGCUGCUUCUGGAACAACUGUCUCUCAUGUGUCUGAUAUUGUUGGUCCAACUGGAGUUGUGUAUGCAGUAGAGUUCUCCCACCGAAGUGGGCGUGAUUUGGUUAACAUGGCCAAAAAGCGUACUAAUGUUAUUCCCAUUAUUGAAGAUGCUAGACACCCAGCCAAGUACAGAAUGUUAGUUGGCAUGGUUGAUGUCAUAUUUUCUGAUGUUGCUCAGCCUGAUCAGGCAAGAAUUUUAGGUCUGAAUGCUUCAUACUAUCUUAAAGCUGGAGGCCAUUUUGUUAUAUCCAUCAAGGCCAAUUGCAUUGAUUCUACAGUUCCUGCAGAGGCAGUGUUCAGCAGUGAAGUGAACAAGUUGAAGGCAGAUCAAUUUAAGCCAUCUGAGCAAGUGACUCUUGAACCAUUUGAGAGGGACCAUGCUUGUGUUGUUGGUGGAUACAGAAUGCCCAAGAAGAAGAAAGAUGCUGAAUAGUCUAGCCUCCUACUUUUGAGAACAUUUAAUUUUGUCAACUUUGUCAAUUUAGGAUUUCAAUUUUGUUUUAAAGAAUACUCGCUCAAUGCUGUAUCUGUGAUUCUCAUUAUCUGUGAUAUUUAUUAGAGUUUGUUUGCUUAACCAUAAA